AUGAGUAGUAAGAAAAAACUAAAGAAAUCUUCAAAGGUGCCUCAAGACAAAAUAUCUUUCGGUGAUCAAUCUCCUGGUCCGAUAAAUGGUCUUCCAAAUAAAAAGCAAAGUGAUGCUGCCCAUUUGAACGAACCGAAAUUUCAAGAAUCUUCUUUUAAUGAAAAUUCACCAUACGACGAAAAAGAGACACAAAAUACCGAUCCAAAAAAUGCUAAAAAAAAAUAUAUUGAACCUGGAGUUCUCGAGAUUAAAAGUUAUUCUGCAGAUUAUGGAAAUCAAGCCUUUAGCACUUAUGAGAUUCAUGCAAAACCUCAUCUAAACCCUUACGUUGAAUCCGCUCAACCUUACAUACAAAAAGCUAAGGAAUUAUCUAUCGAAUUUAUAUAUAAUCCUGCUAUCCAAGGAGCGAUAAAAGUUCAGGAAUUUUACAAUCAGAACGCGAAAGAUAGUGUGGAUGCAUUCUACGGGAAGGCCAGGAAAACAGUUACUCCAUAUCUAAAUAAAGCUCAGAAACAAAUCAAUCAUGCUUAUGAAAAACUGAUUAUCUAUAAUAAAAAGCAUAUUCAACCUUGGUUCUAUAAUAAGGUUAUACCUUUUGUGGUGGAAUCAAAAAAGAGUGUAAUUGUUCAAUACAACGAGAAAGUGGCUCCCGUUGUAGAUCAGUUAGUAAAAACUGCACACGACAAUUAUAAUAAACACGUUGUUCCUUUUUAUAAUACUAAUAUCAAACCUCAUGUCGAGUAUUGUUUUGAGGUCAUCGUGGAGCUUGUACAAGGCAAAGACGAAAGCAAAAAGAAAACAGACCUUAAGGCUAAAAAAGAAGCUGAACGCAAGGCUAGAGAACAAAAAGCUAAAGAGGAAGCUGAGCGUAAAGCUAAGGAGGAGGCUAAACGAAAAGCUAAAGAGGAAGCUGAACGCAAAGCUAAAGAGGAAGCUGAACGUAAAGCCAAAAAGGAAGCCGAACGCAAAGCUAAAGAGGAGGCUGAACGCAAAGCUAAAGAGGAGGCUGAACGCAAAGCUAAAGAGGAGGCUGAACGCAAAGCUAAAGAGGAAGCUGAACGAAAGGCCAAAGAGGAAGCUGAACGUAAGGCCAAAGAGGAAGCUGAACGUAAGGUUAGAGAGGAAGCUGAACGUAAGGCCAAAGAAGAGGCUGAGCGUAAGGCCAAAGAAGAGGCUGAACGUAAGGCUAAGGAAGAAGCAGAAAAGGCUGCAAUAGCCGCCGCUAUUAAGGCUGUUCGUGAUACUGCUGCUAUAGGCAUAUCUCGUGCCAGAGAAAACAUUAGUAUAGCUCUUAAGGACUAUGAGCUUAAAGCAAAAUCUGCAGUAAAGAAAACAUCAGACGACACUGAAGCUAAAAUAAUAUCUCUUAACAAAUUAGGCACUGAUUAUCCUUCCAAGCUUACAAAAUUUGUUGACGAACUUGCAAAGGAUACUGAGAAAAAUAUUACGGUCAAGAUUGAUAAAAUUUCAGAGUAUGCUAAAGAAACUAUAGAUACAGUUAAAACAAAUAUCAAAAAAGCUGAUGAAUCGUUUGAAGCUUUGAAUGAAAAAGUUAAUGAGCUGGAAAAAGAUUUUGUUUUAGUUAUAAACAGUAAUAUGAAUGGCAUCAAGACAAACGCACAUAGCAAAGCAGGAAAAAUAACUAUUGAUCAGAAAAUUUAUGAUGAAGUUGAUAGGGAUAUUAAUACCGCUUCCCAGAGCAUGAAUGCCGAGUUUAGCAGUUCAACAUUAAGAGUAAAGGAGGAGAUCAAAGGAGUCGAAACAAAACAACGUGACACUCCAGUAAUAUCUCAAAAUGAGUCAAGCUCUUCAAAAGGAUCAGACAAAGUCCCACAAUUUGUUGUUCAAACAUCAAAUGACCCUGUGUUGGAUAAAUUGAAGUCACAAUAUCGUUUACGUGAUCCAGUUUUACAAAAAUUGAAAGAUGAGUAUCAAAAAACCAAAAAAAAUAAGCAAUCAGGAAAGAUUGCAAAAGACGGGUCUUAUUAG